CCAACACAUAAUUAAUUAUACAUCAAUUUAAUAAAGAGAGUUUCCUCUUCCUUAUUUCUACCAAAAACAAAAAUGGAAAAAAAAGUUCAUCAAAUUACCAAAGAAAGUCACAACGCCAACUCUCCUUUCUGGGACUGCGAAAGCUCUCUCUAUGAUUCCUUUGAGCUCAAUUCCUUCAAACGACAUCUCGACUCCGCCAUAGCAUCACGAACUUUCUCCAUGCCUCAUUUAUCCUCCUCCAACGGCCACCACCACCAAGCUUCACUCCCGACCCCACCACCGCCCCGCACUUGUGUCCCGUCCAAGGCUUCUUCCAAGUUCUCUCGGUCCUUCUCCAAAAUUCUCCGCUCUCUUUUCCGGCCAAAACCUAAUUCCAAUACCCCGAUUUUUCGUGCUCAAGAUCAACCUAGAGAUGGAUUUUAUGUUUUCUAUGAAGUUGGGUCUCUCUCGACCAUUCCCGAAGUCCCCGAGGCCGACUUUGGAGCCGGUCUUUCGCCGGAGAUUAGCUCUUUGGUGAAGAAGACGGCUUCUGAGAGGUUCACGCCCAACUCCAUUGGCAUCUCAUGUGUUCUUUGAAUAUUUUGGAUAUUGUUUUCUUUUUUCAUAUAUAUAUCUAAGUUAAUUAAACCCCAGAUAUUAAUCAAUCAUAUAUAUAUAUAUAUAUAUAUAUAUAGUUAGCUUUAUUAGAGAUUAUAUAUGGUUUUAAUAUGUGUAUAAUUAUUGUGUUCACAGUUCAUAUGUACUCCUAAGCUUUUUGGUUUUCUUGUAAUCUUCUUCUUUUUAAUGUUUAGAGAUUAUAUAAUUUUUGCAGCUAAUUAAGCUUUACUAAACUUUUAAAUUCUCA